UGGAGUGAAACACCGUUUACCGCCAGAGUUUUGGUCACAAAAAAUAAUCCGAGGUGUGAGGUGUCCUUCGGAGGAAAAGUAUCCACAUUUACUGAACAUAUGUAAAAUUUGAUCAUCGUUCCUAAUCCAAAAAUCAUACACGUAAGUACAAUUUCUUCGGCAUGGAGGCGGAGGCUGUCCAGAUAGAUUUGUAAGGUAUGUUAUACCUUAUAUACCUAUCUACAUAUGUAUUGUAAUCGGUUCGUUGGAUAUACGAGCGUGAACAAUUGCACACUUCUGGUGGAUUUUUCUUACUAAUGACCUUGCAGAUCAUGUGAGGUUAGAAAGUCCGAAAUUGCUGAAUAUUAUUUAGUUAUGAUCGGACAAUUAAAACAUGCGUUCGGUUAAUACCUACUAGUUGAAAUAUUGACCGAUAAAUCGUAUAACUUUAUUGUUAUUGUGUGAUAAUGUGAAAAUAAUUACCGCUGUGUCAUGAGAAUUUCAAUUGGAUGAUUUUUGUUUCGUUGAUACAAAAAUUCGUUUUGUCAUAGAUGUUCAUAAUCGUAACAUUUCUGCUCUUAUUCACCAACUGUGCGAUUACCAAUUCUGAACCAAAAUUGCAAAAAUGGUUGGACAUACGAUCAAAUAUUUUUUCUGUACCCAUCAAGUACAUGAUCCAUCUUGAACCUGAAGAUCCGAUAUUUAGGAAAAUAAAACGUAGUGUAACUGAGGAUAUAAAGACUGAAGAGACUGUUAUCACAAAUACUGAAAUAAUCACCAAUGAUAAAAAUGGCGAUCGCAAUAAACGAACUAUCAAUAACAACUCGAGUAAUCGUAAAAGUAAUCAAGGGCCUAAUUUAAACGUGAAAGCUGGAUUACGAUAUCAUCAUCAGCAACGACAUACUAAUGGGAGUGUAUCAGGAAGUUAUGCAACUUUGGAUCCAAAAGGUUCUCUGCAAGUUAUGCAUUAUGUAUCGGAUGAUAAAGGAUAUAGGGAAUAUCCAGAAGUUGGUGAACCAGGGUCGCAAGCUUCAGCAGCCAAUCAUUAUUUCCAGUUUCAACCACGACAACUACCCAAUCCUCCAGCUCACCAACCCAACAUCGAAGUCGUAUCCAAUGGCAAUGUAGGAAACCAAGCAAUAAAUCCAAACCAAAACGGCAGCUCGAAAAGUCUAAAUAAUCGACGCGAUGUAAACCCUAUCGGAGAUGAUCACUUCAACUUUGUGCCAAACAUCGCAUCACCUUAUAAUCUCCCUUCACCAGCUAGUCUAGGCGGCGGUGGCUCACCCCCGACUCAAAUUCUACAAUCUGCUGUCAUCAGCGUUGGCCAAUAUGGCCCCCGAUCCCCGUUAUUCCAUAAAUACUACCGACCAUCGCCUGAAGAAGUGCAAAGGUCUUACGACUAUCAUCGUUUGAGAUCUGGGUUAGAUCCUGGAUCAUUCAGACCUCCUGAAGCCAACCUUGUACCUGAUGUUGUACGAGAUAAACCAAUGCAGGUUACCGGAGUAUACAGUCAGUAUCAACCCCCUCCGUAUCAAGUAAGAUACCAAGAUGAAACACCCAACGGAUACUACGUUUAUAAUACUCCUCCAGAGGACACCAGAUACUACAAUGUUCCACAAUAUGCACCUCCUCGAAUACCUAUCGAUGCCCAGGCUCCAAUACCGCCACCCCAAGAAUUAUAUCCAAGGCAGCAGCCUCCAGACUUGUAUCCCAAUCAACCUCCUCCAAAUUACUUCGGGCCUCCAGUCAAUCAGCAAUUUCAGCAACCGUAUCCGGAAAAUCCUCCAGCUCAACCUCCUCUAUAUUUUCAAGCAUUUGAUCAACAAGCAUUUCCUCCUGGUCAAGAUGCCUAUCCUCCUGGUCAACAAGCAAUUCCUCAGUUUCAAGAUGCAUUUCCACCCGGUCAACAAGGACUACCACCUCUGCAACCAGCGUUUCCACCACCUAAUUCGUUUGCUGGUCCAGCACCUUAUGUUUCCAACAAUGCCAUGGUUAAUCAACCGUAUCCGGCUAAUGUACCUAUUUAUGAUGCUCCUGCACCUCCAAACAUCCCUACUUACAGCCAGCCACCUCCUAAUAGCAUACCAAUUUAUAAUCAGCAAUAUCAAAUAGGUCCUGGACCAGCUCCUGGUUUUACUCCAGGCCCUGGACCAGCUCCUGGUUUUGCUCCAGGCCCUGGACCAGUUCCUGCUCCUGUUUAUGCUCAACCACCACCUAAUAAUAUUCCAAUUUAUGAUCCACAACAAAUACCUCCAGGAAAUGUUCAAAAUAUGUAUUAUGCCAGCGGGUCCACGCCACAACCAAAAAUAGCUGUUCAAAAUGCAUACCACGCCAGCGGGUCUACUCCGCAACCAAAAACAACUAAAAAUCGCUAGUCUUAGUUUAAGGUUGUAUUUUUUUUAUGCUGGUAAUUGCCUACGUGUAGAGCUUUUUUUUCAAGUUCUAAAUGUUAUCUCAAUUGAGUUCAUGGUAAAUCAUCAUUGAAGUAAAUAUUAGGCCUACAUUGAUCCAAAAGAAUAUUCUGAAUUAUUUAAAAUACGAGCAAAAGGAAAAUCUGAAGAUGAGGUAUAGGUAAGUAAUCCUACAUCUGAAACCAGUCAUGCUGCAGAAAGCCAAAAAUAUUGAUCUUUCUGAAUUGGUGUUGAAUCAAGAUGAAUUGGGAGGCCCAAAUUACUUUUCAAAAAUGAUGAACAUUCAAUUUGUACCAUUCACCAAGCUGUGAACCUUCGAACCUAUAAAAAAAAACUAUAGGAUUAACAUCAAUUUUCACACUUUUGAUUCUUUGUGAAAGCUUCGUUUCUUUGUUGGUUUGUAGCAAACUCUCUAUACCAUAAGAGGAGAGGAAAAACGAGAUGUAAUAAAACUAUUUUAUUUGU